UCGUGGCUCUAGUGCCCACAUGUUUGUUGUUCGCGAGGGUGAAAUACUCAAAAGUCGAUUUUCCAAAGGGACUAAAGCAGGUAAACAACAGCUACAAAGAGGAGAGUAUCUGGUGAGAAAUGUUUUUGAGCGACACAAAAAGUACAAAGACUUCAAUCGUACGUCUACUGUUAUCACUAAGUGGAAUGGACAUGAGCUCCCCUUGGGUUUGAUACAGUUUACCUUUGCUGCCGACGAACAUCAUAUAAGCUGUCAUAAGCACCCAUGUUCCGGAAAGCAAUUCAUCCCUACAGCCCCAUCCACCAAGGUGAAGAUGUUCAAAGAGGCUACUGAACAGAAGGGUCCUUCAAGAAUCUUUGAUGAACUUUCAGAAGCGGCAGGGGGUAUACUUCACUGUGAGCAAUCCGCCGACUUGCCAAGAGAUAGUAAGCAAGUCAUCAAUGUCCGGCAUCGAGCUCAAAACAAAGCUAGCAGAAAAGAAUUUGCCACUUUACUGGAUCUGGCAAAAGAUCACAAAGAUGUGCACAAUCUCCAAUGGAUGCCGUUGCCUAGAGUGGUCUACUUCAUGGAUGAGCAGCUUGAUGACAACCUACAAGAGUGCUGUCGUCCCAAAUCUAUGUCUAUCUUAUCAAUUGACACAACAUUUAAUGUCGGAGACUUUUACAUGACCACAACGACGUACCAAAGCGAAAAGGUUGUAAGCAAGAAAACUGGUAAAGCUGCCAACUUGCCUGGUCCUGAGAUGUUUCAUACAACCAAAACUCAGAGGGAUUACCUUUACUUCACCCACACCCUUUUGGAAAGUAAUUACAAUCUUGAAAAAGUUGCUUUUUUGGGUGGGGACAGGGACAAGGCUCAAUCCUUCCUUCUCAAACCAUCAAAGGGCUGCACUUUUAUCCCAUGUACAAAACAUGUCCAGGAUGAUAUAAUGCGAAAGAUAGGAGAACUUGGCUUGAGUUCAGCCAAAUCUGAAAUACUUCAAGAUACUUUCAGGGAUGAGCGAAGGAAAGAAAAAGGAAUUAUCAACAGCGGAACUGCUUAUGAGUUCAUGGCGAAAGUGGAAAGUGUUUCCAACAAGUGGGACAAGAUGGAAGAAGACAUUACUGGUAAGAGUCCCCAAUAUGUGCGCUAUUUUCAACGGAACAUACAAGACAACAUGAAGAAUGGCAUGUUGUUACCAGUACGUAGACAAGCUGGGCUAAAUGAUGAAUUCUUUUACAGCAAUGCUCAAGAAAGCAGCAAUUUUGUGUAUAAAAGCAAGAUUCUGGAAAAGAAAGUAGUAGAGGGAACUGGGUAUAGACCAGACCCAAAGUGCACAUGGGCUGAAGCAAUCUCUGUCUACAGGGCCUUGGUGGAGCAAAGUAGGAGAGAUAUUCAGCACGCAGUUCUAGGAAAAGGUCCUUACAAUCUUUCACUGUUGCAUCAACAUCUAGCUGUUUCUGCAACCAGUUGGUCCGGAAAGACCAGGAAAGAAAGGGAGCUUCACCUUGCCAAGCUUGGAACAUCCAUUGCAGUGGAAACAGAAGAAGAAAAUAGAGAAGAACCCAUGGAAAAGCAAGACGUUAUCAGCAGCUUCGUAGAUUCAGGUUUACCUGAAUUACUUAAAGGUAGCUGGACGAACACCAACAGCAUCAUCCAAUUGGAUGGAAUUGGUUCGUUUCCUAAUGAAAACACCCGAAGGGUAGUGAUAUCCUUAACCAGACCAAUUUCCCAUACAGUCCAAAUAACGGAAAAGAAAUUGGCUUGUCUUGAAUGCCCGCAGUAUGACAAGUGUGGAAUUUGCGCCCACACUCUAGCAGUAGCACACCACCUUGGCAUGCUUUCGGAUUAUGUCAAGUCCUACCAAGUGCCAUUAGCCAGGAUAGUUGGUGCGAUGAUCCCCAGCGGUGCUGGAAAGGAUAACAAACGGAAGAACAUCCACAAGCAAACAGUAAAACCUAGCCGGCAUGUGUCACAAUACUGAAACCAAAUUGACGUAGAAAGCUCUGAUGAGUGCGAGAGUACACCCUACGAGGUAGUUUUUGUUACUGCCACAAUACCAUGUGCUAUGGAUGUAAGGGACGCAUCCGUGACAAGCCAUCUGAUCCACCUCCACCUGUCCCUUGUGAUAUGUUGUUGCAUCAUCUAGAGCGUCAUGUGUACCAUCGUCGAAAGGAAACAAAUAUAUGCAUCACGAAACAACCAGAGCAUGUAUACUACGGUAACCAUACCCUCCGUACAUGUACCCCUACAGCAGCGAGGGACAACAUCUUGAUAGCAGAAGUGAUUCACUGCAAAUUGGCAAAUUCCAACAAACA